AUGCAUCAGUCAGUCAGUAUCCCUCAGUCAGUCAGUAUCCAUCAGUCUGUCAGUAUCCCUCAGUCUGUCAGUAUCCCUCAGUCAGUCAGUAUCCCUCAGUCAGCCAGUAUGCAUCAGUCUGUCAGUAUCCCUCAGUCUGUCAGUAUGCAUCAGUCUGUCAGUAUUCCUCAGUCAGUCAGUAUCCAUCAGUCAGUCAGUAUCCAUCAGUCUGUCAGUAUCCCUCAGUCAGUCAGUAUCCCUCAUUCAGUCAGUAUCCCUCAGUCAGCCAGUAUGCAUCAGUCAGUCAGUAUCCCUCAGUCAGUCAGUAUCCCUCAGUCUGUCAGUAUUCCUCAGUCAGCCAGUAUGCAUCAGUCUGUCAGUAUCCCUCAGUCUGUCAGUAUCCCUCAUUCAGUCAGUAUGCAUCAGUCAGUCAGUAUGCAUCAGUCAGUCAGUAUCCCUCAGUCAGUCAGUAUCCCUCAUUCAGUCAGUAUCCCUCAGUCAGCCAGUAUGCAUCAGUCAGUCAGUAUCCCUCAGUCAGUCAGUAUCCCUCAGUCUGUCAGUAUUCCUCAGUCAGCCAGUAUGCAUCAGUCUGUCAGUAUCCCUCAGUCUGUCAGUAUCCCUCAUUCAGUCAUCAGCCAGUAUGCAUCAGUCUGUCAGUAUCCCUCAGUCAGCCAGUAUGCAUCAGUCUGUCAGUAUCCCUCAGUCAGCCAGUAUGCAUCAGUCUGUCAGUAUCCCUCAGUCAGCCAGUAUGCAUCAGUCAGUCAGUAUCCCUCAGUCAGCCAGUAUCCCUCAGUCAGCCAGUAUGCAUCAGUCAGUCAGUAUGCAUCAGUCAGUCAGUAUGCAUCAGUCUGUCAGUAUCCCUCAGUCAGUCAGUAUGCAUCAGUCAGUAUCCCUCAGUCAGUCAGUAUCCCUCAGUCAGUCAGUAUCCAUCAGUCUGUCAGUAUCCCUCAGUCAGUCAGUAUCCCUCAUUCAGUCAGUAUCCCUCAGUCAGUCAGUAUCCCUCAGUCUGUCAGUAUGCAUCAGUCAGUCAGUAUGCAUCAGUCUGUCAGUAUCCCUCAGUCAGCCAGUAUGCAUCAGUCUGUCAGUAUCCCUCAGUCAGCCAGUAUCCAUCAGUCAGUCAGUAUCCCUCAGUCAGCCAGUAUGCAUCAGUCUGUCAGUAUCCCUCAGUCAGCCAGUAUGCAUCAGUCUGUCAGUAUCCCUCAGUCUGUCAGUAUCCCUCAGUCAGCCAGUAUGCAUCAGUCUGUCAGUAUCCCUCAGUCAGCCAGUAUGCAUCAGUCAGUCAGUAUCCCUCAGUCUGUCAGUAUGCAUCAGUCAGCCAGUAUGCAUCAGUCAGUCAGUAUCCCUCAGUCAGCCAGUAUCCCUCAGUCAGUCAGUAUCCAUCAGUCAGCCAGUAUGCAUCAGUCAGUCAGUAUCCCUCAGUCAGUCAGUAUCCAUCAGUCAGUCAGUAUCCCUCAGUCAGUCAGUAUCCCUCAGUCAGUCAGUAUCCCUCAGUCAGCCAGUAUCCCUCAGUCUGUCAGUAUCCCUCAGUCAGCCAGUAUGCAUCAGUCAGUCAGUAUCCCUCAGUCAGUCAGUAUCCAUCAGUCUGUCAGUAUCCCUCAGUCUGUCAGUAUCCCUCAUUCAGUCAGUAUCCCUCAGUCUGUCAGUAUCCCUCAGUCAGUCAGUAUCCAUCAGUCUGUCAGUAUGCAUCAGUCUGUCAGUAUCCCUCAGUCAGUCAGUAUCCAUCAGUCUGUCAGUAUGCAUCAGUCUGUCAGUAUCCCUCAGUCAGUCAGUAUCCAUCAGUCUGUCAGUAUCCCUCAGUCUGUCAGUAUCCCUCAUUCAGUCAGUAUCCCUCAGUCAGCCAGUAUCCCUCAGUCUGUCAGUAUUCCUCAGUCAGUCAGUAUGCAUCAGUCAGUCAGUAUCCCUCAGUCUGUCAGUAUUCCUCUGUUACUCAGAGUCCCGUUAGUUGCUUCAAUAACUUGA